AUGGACGGAUCCGCACCGUACAAUCCGAGGACAGUCGAGGAGGUCUACCGCGAUUUCAAGGGCCGGAGGGCCGGCAUCAUAAAGGCCCUCACCUCCGGUUGCCUCUCCUCUCCGGCACUCCCUCGCAGCAUUCCACUCUUCGUCUCCUCUCUCCGUUUUUUUCGGUUUUCCCUCCAUUUUUCUCUUUGAAUUUUCCGUUGGCUUUUGCUGAUUUCUUUCCUCCUUUCUUCUCCUCUGACGUUGCAGAGAUGGAGGACUUCUACCAGCAGUGUGACCCCGGUUAGUGGAUUCUCCUCCGCGUUAUUCUCCACCAUUCCUUGGAUUAGUCUAUUGAUUUUCCAUGUUUCCUGCCUCGACUGCAAUCAUCUUUUUGGAUGUGCUUACAUGUUUGCUUAGAUUUUCGUCUCACAUCGUACAUGCAUAACGUAAAUUUUUUCGUCUUCUGUCGAAAUAUUAAAAUAAUAUAAAUAUGUUCUGCUGUGGAAAUCUCUAAAGUAGUGAAUUCGCUGGAUGCAGAAUUGAGCGACUGUUUGGGUUUCUUCACAGUUAUGUUUAGAGAACCUUUUUUGUUUGACUUAGGUGUAUAUGGUUGCCCUUGGGCUUUGAUCUUUUUACUGAGCAUAUUUUUAGGACGCUGGAUUUUAUUGUUUAUAUAUUCUCUUUUACCUAAAACCCUAUUUAUCAGCUUCAGUGUUCAUGGAAGUGUUCACUUAUCCGUUUUGGAUUUAUUCCUUUCAAGUGCCUCUUUCAAUGAUAUAUGUCAAUUUUCUCUAUAUUUCCUUCGAAUAGCUCUAAAGCAGCCUUUACAGUGCAGGAAUGCAUUUGGAGUAGUCGUCUAAUGUAUUGCGUUUAAUGCUCUACAUUUAACUCAAAGAAAUGACAUAUUGAGCAUCCAGUUUGUGUGCUUGAUGAUAAUUUCUAUAUAGGAUUUUCCUCAGUUGUCUAUAUAUAAAAAUAAAAAUAUUGAUGAAUAUAGUCUUUUCAUCCAGGUUGUAUUUUUUCCCCAGAUAUUUCCCGAUAUGAUGUGCAAUGAUUUGCUUUUUAAGUUUGUCCUAUAACUCUGCAAAAAUAUCAUGGUUAUGAACGUAUUUCUAUGCUUGAUGAUUACGUGAUUGGUUACCCUUUCUUUUCGAUUUACAAGUUAGCAGUUCCUGUUUUGGUUUCGUGGAUUUUAGAAUACCAAAAGCUCUCCCAAGAUGCUAUUCCUUCAUUUUUUGUGUACAAUCUGAUUGUUGUGGCGUUAAUUCCUUUAAAAUGCUCAGCGUCUCAUUCAUCUGGAAGAUAUGAUCAAUCUCUCCAUUUUUAUAUCAAUAGCUCAUGUUGGAAAAUGAAAAAUCCCAGAAAUUGAAUUGUUCUAAACAUCAUAUUUUUAACUACAUAAUGCGUACGUACUAUUUGUAUUUGUAUUCUUUGGCAUGCGUCCAUUACUUUUAACAUGGUAGUUUUCAUUGAGGGCUAAACUCGUAAUUUUCGCACUCAGUUGAAUUCGUCACCUUGCAGAGAAGGAGAAUUUAUGUCUUUAUGGAUUUCCGAAUGAGCAUUGGGAAGUCAAUUUGCCUGCAGAAGAGGUACCAGCAGAACUCCCUGAGCCUGCAUUAGGCAUUAAUUUUGCAAGGGAUGGCAUGCAAGAAAAGGAUUGGAUAUCUUUGGUUGCUGUCCACAGUGAUGCAUGGUUGCUAGCUGUGGCAUUUUACUUUGGUGCUAGAUUUGGAUUUGACAGAAAUGACAGGUAAUUUUCUCCACAGUUUCAUUUCAAUUGCUGCCCAUUUUAUUAAGACUGUAUGAAUAACUGACACGUGAUCUUUGUGUUCGUUUGCGGUAUGUUCUGGGAAAAUAUCAAUGAUUUUUGAGUUCGCAUUUCUCGUAUCUGGAUUUUUUUUUUAACAUCGAUCAUCUCCAUUUCUUUUUUUACCAGUCUUAUCUUUUAAGAAGUAAUUUAUUCGUCUACAUGAGGAAGAUGAACACCUGGCCCUCUGCCUGUACAGUGUUCUUUUGAGGAAACAAUGUUUGUUGUCUUGAUAUGUGUGGUUGUAUUCGUAUACAGUUGUAUUGUUAUGUCAUUUACAAACCCUAAGACAUGACAUCUGAUGUCUUUUGGUCAAGUCAAGGGGACAAGACUAUCAUUUACCUACCGAUUGUUAUUGACUUUGGAUGGCAGAGAAAGAGAUGUUUGCAUUCAAUAAAAAAAAUAUAGACGAAUGUGUGUUGUUUAAGUGGGAAUCAAGGACACAGCUGGAAAAUCUGAGAUAGGAUAUUUAAUCUAAGCUAGCUGACUUGUAAAAUAUUGCCUGAAUGUAUAUAUUUAUACAAUUUAAAUGAUUCUAUCUAGGUAUCUUUAAAUAACAUGGCCCUAUUAUAGCUGAAUCUUGUGUCUAGUUUUGCCAUUCCACCUAUAUAGUGAGUCCUAUCACAUAAAGGUCGAGGCACAUACUUUAGUCAGAUGGUGUGGAUGAACACAGGAGAGAAGAGCUUAUGUUCCUGAAUUAUGUGCAUUUCACAUGAUAUAACAUCUAUCAUUUUACCACUGACUCAACAUUGGAUCUUGAGUGUCAUUGUUCAAUUUAACUUGAAAGAACUCUGCAACUGGAUUGAUUAUUUUACUUGGAGCCAACUUGGAGAAGUUCUUAUUGCUCAAUAAUUCCUAUGAGUGUAGCAGGUGCCCAGUUAUGCUCAUAAUUUUGGGUGUCUUGGAUCAAGAGCUCCAGAAUUGAAUUAGCUCUGGAAAUCUUGUUCCCUUUAACUGCGUUGAUAGUAGGGCGUUCCCGGUAUGAUAUUUACUCUAGGCUGCUACUCUAUUUAUCUACUAGUGAAGUUGGCCACUUUUUCCUCUGCAUUCCUGGAUUAUGUUAUUUAUUUAAGGUUGAUAUUUCAUUUAAGUUUGGAUUUUUUUUUUCUCCCUUAUUCAAUAGUUGAUAUACUUUAAGAGAUUGAUAGGCUUAUUUAUGCGGGAACUCCAGUCUCCGGCAGUUGCUUCUCUAACUUCACACUUCACUACUUUGUCAGAAAAGACAUAAUUUUCAUAAUAAGGGCAUUUACAUAGUCCACUUCUCUCUCUCUCUCUCUCUCUCUCUCUCUCUCUCUCUCUCUCUCUCUCUCUCUUUCUCUACAUAUACAUACAUACAUAUAUGUAUGUAUAUAUAUAUAUAUGUAUAUCUGUGUUUUCAUCAUAUAUCUAAAAAAUUAAAUGAAAGUUAUGCCUUUUUCUCUGCCACAGUAUUCAUCUAAUGUUUACCUGAAGCUCUUCUAAGAAUACUAUUUAAUCUCUGUUCACAGUAUGGUUAUUUCAUAAUUCACUAGCUGAUAUCAAGGUGACGAACACUGAAAUGGAAGCCUUAAGUAUCCACUAUAUGAUGUCCAGUUGCGCAGUCCUGCUAAACUCGGUCCGUACAAGCCAACAUAGCCCUUUUCAACACAGACGUAGUCUAAGAAAUCCUUCCACAGGCUGACCCGUAACUUGUUUGAAUUGAGGGUGAACAAAGGGAGGAUAUGCAUUGGUAGUAAUCCCGAUGUAUUGGUAUUCUGAUUUAGUGCUAGAUGACAUAUCUGCCAUCAAGAUGGCUAUGAAAAAAAUAUGUGCUCUUAGAACAACUUGGGGCGCUAGCUACUCCUAGAUCAACAUUCGCGUUAGUUGUGAGUGGAAAAUUGUUUUGAAGACUAUUGGGAAUGAUAGUCUUAGGUGCCAAGGCAUGUUUUGGUUUGACAAAUGUCCCUGUACAAUAUCUCAAUUAGAUUAUGGUAUAAAUACCUUGACGAUAUCUUGAUUUGAAGCGCAACUUUGGUUCUGCUAUGCAUGAGGGAGUUGUUAUUCCUUGCAUUGAAAUGUGAGAAACUGUCUCAAACUCCUGUUCCACAUCAGUUCCUUAAAAUGGCUCUCAGAUUACUUGGUAUGAUCACGAUGCCAAAUUAUCUGUCAUUGAGGGGAAAGAAAAGAUAUCUAAGGGUUUUUCUUACAAAGCUCCAAUUGGUUUUAAGCAUCCAGUCACACAGAGAUUUCCAGCAUCCAGUCCUCGUGGAUGUGCUUCUAUAUUGUCACAACCCACUCUAGUUUGGACCCACCAUUUUGCCAUUGAUUUAGACUGCUUACGUCUUUCUCAGCUGUCUCAUAAGUCACAGCCAUUUUGAAGUUGUUACUUUGGGCCUCAGAUCUCAGUUGUGGAGUGUGGUUUCAAGAUCCUAUUUUUUUCACGGGCCUAAGUCUGUGCUGCACAUGUCGUAUGAUGUCCUUUGGAGUUGCCAUUUUGACAAGAGCUCGUUGGCUAUGUUUAGGCUGAAGAGAAAGGAGUGGUUAAUGAGUUCUCGGGUUGUUGAGUAUAUAUAAUCGGCAUCUUUCAUGUUAUGCUGGAUUCUUUUAAAAGCUUUCAGCAUAGAAAAUCAUUGAAACUUAUGAGUGAUUGAGUUGCUGUUGUUGAGAUGAUGAUUCAGCUCUUGGAAACCCACGUAUAUCCCACCACCCCAUUCUUUGUUCUUACAUUAUUUUCUAAUUAUUUAUCUGAGCUCUUGUCAUUCCUAAGAUAUUGGAGCGCCAUCUGUGGCACAGGAAACGGUUGUUCAACAUGAUAAAUGACCUUCCCACCGUAUUUGAAGCCGUCAACGGGAAGAAGCUGGUGAAGGCAUCGAGCACGAACAACAGCAGCAGCAGCAGCAAAUCCAAGUCAAGCUCUAAAGCGGUGAGCUUCAUCGCUUUAUUUCCACCUCGCUUUCUAAUUUCUAAUGCGAAUCAGCAGAAAAAUCCGUAAUUUACUUUUUUCUGGAUAGAUAGUAUAUUGCUUACUUUUUCUGGCUCCCAUUUUUUUGGAUGGUAUCCAAAUCUGGAAACCAGAUGUAGAACAAAGAGGGAUAUGAUGGUACACAUCUUAUUCCUUCUUAAUAUACAUAUUUCCUCUCUCUCUCUCUCUCUCUCGCUAACAAAGCAGAGGCCUCGGGAGUCGCAGCCCAAGAAGGCAGUGGCGGCGCCGCCAAAGGAGGAGUUGGAAGAGGAGGGGAUGGAGGAGGCGGAGGAGGAGGAGGGGGAGCAUGGCGAGACUCUCUGUGGGGCCUGCGGCGAGAGCUACGCCUCAGAUGAGUUCUGGAUCUGCUGCGACAUCUGCGAGCGGUGGUUCCACGGCAAGUGCGUCAAGAUCACCCCCGCCCGCGCCGAGCACAUCAAGCACUAUAAAUGCCCCUCCUGCAGCAAGAGGGCCCGCCCCUCCUAA